AGCGCGGUCGCCUGCAGGGCCGGUCCUCGGCCACCGUCCCUCCCUCCCUCCUCCCGCUCGGUGACCCGCUCCUCCCGCCCGCCGCAGCGGCCUCCCCGCAUGGUCCCCGCCGCUGCCAUGAGCCAGGCCCCGGCCCCCAGCGGCUCCGACCGGCCGGAGAGCGAUGCCCGCAGCGGAGCCCCCAGCCGGGGCCCCGGCAGAGGGAUGCCGCCGCCGCCCAGCCUGCCCCAGCUCCUCCACAACGCUGCCAAGCUCCUGGAGAAGAGCCCGUUCUCCGUCAGUGCCCCGAGCCCCCUGCUCCCCUCUCCGGCCAGCCUGCAGCUGGCCCAGCUCCAGGCGCAGCUCACGCUGCACAGGCUGAAGUUGGCUCAGACCGCCGUAACCAACAAUCCGGCUGCUGCCACGGUCCUCAACCAGGUGCUCUCCAAAGUGGCCAUGUCCCAGCCGCUCUUCAACCAGCUGAGGCACCCCUCUGUGAUGAGUGCUCCUCCGGGACACGCUGCAGGUGGCCCUCCGCCAGGGCCUGGCAUCGCUAGCACAAGGUUCUCCUCCGGCAGCAUCGCCUUCCCUGCACAGAGCGCAGGGGGCAGCCUGGGGCCCGUGCAGGCCCAGGCCCCAAAUACCAUCGUCAUGAGUCCCUUUGGAGGCGUCAUGGCUCCCACCUCCAGCCAGCAGCCCGUGGUUGUUGGACUCAACAAGGUGGGCCCCUCUGCCGCUGCCGGAGGGUUUUAUGAGUACAACAAACAAAAUGUCACCGCCCCGCAGGCCUACGCCUCAGAGGGGGAUCAGCCCGGCUUCCCCUCAGCGGUCGGGGCUCGCUACGAGGGGCCCUUCGGCCCUGCCGGGUCGUUGAAGCACGAUGCACCAGCAGGCUUCCAGAAAGACACCUACGGGGCAGCGCCGGCCUUCCCCGGCGACCCACACACCAGUGCUCAUCCAAAAGGAGAUCCCGGCCCUGUCUUACAUGGCACAGGUACAAGCAACCAGUGGGAAAAUAUCCCGAAUUUCUCCAGCCAAAACAAGUCUGACCUCCUGCCCAGCGACAGCAUGUGGCCAUCAGCAAGCCAGCAGCCGUAUGAAAUAAGAAACGAGCUGUACAACCCCGAAGAACCGACACCUGACACAAAGUUUAGCACAGCCGCUGCCCCAGCGUUCGGCAGGCUCAACAAUAGCAAGCAGAGCUUCGGCAGCCCCCGGCUGAGGCAGAAUGAGGAGCUGAGCGCCGGUGCUCCCGACCUGCCCAUGCGGUCAGUGCAGCCCCACGAGCUGAACGACCUCCAUGGCGUGGCUCCCCUCCACUUCCCCCACGUCUGUGCUCUCUGUGACAAGAAGAUCUUUGAUCUGAAGGACUGGGAUCAGCACGUAAAGGGAACUCUUCACAUCCAAAAAUGUAUGGCUUUUUCAGAUAACACUGGUAUCCGGUGUGUGUUAAGUUCAGCAGAUGGAACAUUGCAUUUAUCACCAAAUAAUGCAGCAGUUUUCAAUCCAUCUAGUAUCGAAGAUUAUCCACCAAAUGUCGGCUCAUCUUUUAUCACUACGCCAGCAAGAUGCUUUGGCCAGCCAGGUGCUACAUUUCCUUCUCUUCCAUCAGGGUUUCCCCAGAGGAAAUCUACAUUGGGUCGAGUUGUUCACAUCUGCAACCUCCCCGAGGGAAGCUGCACAGAGAAUGAUGUCAUUAACCUGGGCCUUCCAUUUGGGAAGGUCACCAACUAUAUCCUCAUGAAAUCCACUAAUCAGGCCUUUCUGGAAAUGGCUUACAGUGAAGCAGCACAAGCCAUGGUGCAGUACUACAAAGAAAAACCCGCUAUGAUAAACGAUGACAAGUUACUGAUUAGGAUGUCUAAAAGGUACAAGGAGUUGCAGCUGAAGAAACCAGGUAAGAACGUGGCUGCUAUCAUCCAGGACAUCCACUCACAGAGGGAGAGAGACCUGCUGCGUGAGGCAGACAGCAGGUAUGGCACAGAGAGGCCCCGCUCUCGCAGCCCCAUAAGCCGUUCCUUGUCGCCCCGAUCCCACACUCCCAGCUUUACUUCCUGCAGUUCACCCCGCAGCCCGAUGCCAACCAGCAGGACCGACUGGGGAAAUGGAAGAGAGUCGUGGGAUCAGUCCCCGUAUUCUCGACGGGAAGAGGAGAGAGAGAGCAGAGAAUGGCGAGAGAACGGAGAUGAGAAGAGAGACAGGACUGACGUGUGGGUACAUGAGAGGAAACACUAUUCCCGACAGCUAGACAAAUUUGAUUUGGAAGAACGGAUUGAAGGAGGCAGAGGGCACAGAGAAAAAUAUGUAAGGAGUGGUUCUCCUGGCUCACUUCACCCUUCGUCUGGCUACAAGAGCAGGGAAGAUGACUAUUACCGAAAAGCCUCUAAGUCAAAAUCUGACAAAUUUCAGAGGCAGGAGUUUUCUGGGAGAUCCAAGAGGAAGGAAGAGGCAAAGUUCAGGGAACACAGGCAUUCUUACAGUGAGGAUGCUGCUAGGGAGGAGACGGCCGAACAGAAGCAUAGCAAAAUCUCUGAGAGCUCCAGGCAGAAACAAAGUGAUAAGAAUAAAGUGAAGAAAGCUGAAAAAGACCAAGAAGAAGAUGCUGUUGCUGAAGGCAGUGAUGUGAAGGAAACCAAACCUCCUGAGAAUAAGCUUGGUAAAGAGGAGCAAGAUCCAGAGAAGAGCUCACCUUCAGCUGAUAAAGGAAGAGAAUCUGGAGAGACUCUGGAAAACACAAGAAAAGAGAAGGACCAAGACUGGGAGAGUGGAAGUGAGAUAGAAGGUGAGACCUGGUAUCCUGCUAACAUGGAGGAAUUAGUGACAGUAGAUGAAGUAGGAGAAGAUGAUCUAAUUAUGGAGCCUGAUAUAACUGAGCUUGAAGAAAUUGUACCGGUUGAUCAAAAAAGUAAAGCUGCUACGGAAAUGUGUUCCUGCAUGACAACCAUGUUAGAACUGGAAAAUGAUCACAGCCACUUAACCAGGAAUGAAGAGAAAUUUACCCAUAAACCUUUAGAAACAAACUUCAGGUCAGCAAAGGGCAGCGUAGCUUCCAGCGUCUGUCAGGAUGACGAGGAGGAUGAUAAUGAUGAUGCUGUAACUGAAGCAUCAAGCCUAAACCUGGACCCUGAGCAAAAGCCGGAGGAGUCGCAAGAAGACCAAUCUGCUAAGGAGUCUGAUCACCAGCAGAAGGAAGUAAAAAAUGAUAAAAGCUCUGACACUCAUUUAGAGCCAGAAGAUCAGCGUACACCUUCUGUUCAGCUAAAAGAAGAGGCUCUCCAGCUCCCUGAUGCAUUUAUAGAUGAUUACAAACAGAUGGGAUCACAAGGAGCUGAAAGCAGAGAAGUUAUGGAAAUGCUUGUAAAAAAUGUUAGUGAAGAAACAAGAUGUGGAAGCCAAGAGUGUCCAGAGGCAAAUUCUAGGUACCUGGAAAUGAGAUCUCUCGAAUACCCAGAAGUAGAGUCUAGGAGGAGGCACUCUCCAGCAGGCUGGGAACAAGAAGACGUCUUCACCGAACUCAGCAUUCCCCUGGGCGUGGAAUUCGUGGUGCCUAGAACUGGGUUUUACUGCAAGCUCUGUGGACUCUUCUACACAAAUGAAGAGACGGCAAAGACAAAUCACUGCAGAAGUACUGUCCACUACAAAAAUCUUCAGAAGUAUCUGUCCCAGCUUGCAGAAGAGAGCCUGAAAAUGAAGGAAGAAGACAGCCACCUGCUUCAGGAUGACACUGGAAUUGUUCCUCACUUUACAAAGAAAAAAAUAUGAUGCGGAUGAACUGGAAGAGACAUAACGAGUGAAUGCUGAUAAUUUUUUAGAUUUUAUUUUCUCUGAUACAACUGUCAAUUUGCACUGUACAGAGGAGGGGAAAUAAAGAGCAUCUUCCAUGCACCUAUGCCCAGAGUGCCAUUAAAAACCAAAAUGCCUGAAACUGUUUCCCACGCUGAAGCAAAGAUGGCAUAUCUGUACCAAGUGGAGCAAUUCUUUCUCACACUCUGCACGUUGGGAGUGGUUUCCUAGAUUAAAUCAGAAUUCUCAGGGAUUCUUCAAGUUCUAAUUCUGAUGUGAGACACCAGGUCAGGCGGAGUAUUUAGAAGCACUCGGCAUCCUCCAGUGGAUGCUGGAAGGAAAGGAGAUGUGACUAUAAAUAGGCUUUAAUGUUGCUUAAAGUGUCUGCAGUCAUUUUCCUCAUUACCCCAGUGAGUAGGAUUUGCAUAGGACAUCUAAAGCCAUUGUGCUAAAACUGAUCUGUAGAUGGCAUCGUGUAAACCCCAUCAGCAUCCAUCUCCAUGUGUCUUAGAGCUGGGUGAAAUGAUAGAUAUUUGUGUUGUUAAGCACUGACUGUGUUGUAUGAAUGCAGAGGGAGCCACAGUCUCUGCCCAGGGACCUUACAGCCUGAACCCAGCACAGUGAGUACAAUUCAAACACACGUGCUGGCAGCUCUGGAUUUCAGCAUUUUCCAUGGUGUGAUCAGGUACCGUUGUGUUUGAAACUCUUCUUUUUGACAAAUCUAAAGAGUGCCAACUUUGAGUCUUACAGACUUGAAACUCUCAUGGGAGGCUUUUUAAAGUGCCAUGUGUUUGGACCAUGUUGCUUUUAGACAUUUUACUUGAGAUUCUUGCUUCUGGAGUCUUUCUGUUUUCUUUUCAGAGCUGCUUUUCCUUGGCUUGGCGAUGUUGAAUUUUCCUGGUUUUCAUGGAAAGAUGCCAGACUUUUAGUGUUGUUUUUGUGUUUUAUUUCCCUGAUUUUUUAAGGCGAAUGUCGCAACUCAUGGCUCGCAGUGCUGUGCUGAGAACACAGGAUGCACCAGCAGCUCUGGCAUUAUUACGAGCUAUUGUUUCUGUGCAGUUGUUGCUUAGUAUUUUGCCCAGUCCCUUUGAAAUGCACUGUACAAGUUUCUGGUUUAUUUCAAUGGGGCUUUGUGUUAGUGAAUGCAUAUGCAAACCAUUGCCAGAAUUGAUCCCAGAGUUAGGCUUUUAUGAAAUGCACCACGCAGUCUAGGCAGAUGGGGAUUUGCAGACGUGUUUCCGUUCUUUGCCUGACUCUAAUACUCAUCAGAGUAUGUUCUGUAAAAGUUGCUGGUGCAAGAUGUCCUGUUUAGAUGUUGUACAGAGGAAAUAGUUUCCCAGAAGGUUCCCGUCAUCCCUAAGAAUGGCAUGGACAUUGCAAACUACUGCAGAGUGGCUGAAAUGCCAAAACCGCUUUCACCAAAGUAUUCGUUCCAUUAUUUCUUGUGCCAGCAGUCAUGCUUGUUCUCUGCAGUAUCCUGUGGCCAGGCAACGUGUCUUAGAGGUGUCUGGCGUUGUUGCCUGAAGCCCUCUUCCAUUUCAUGGCCUGUGCUUUCCGCUCGUUUUUACCAGAGGUAGGUUCAGAUUUCAUAUUUGGAAUUCCUGUUACUCACAAGUUGAGGGAUUCUUUGCAUCCCAGAUUCAGAUGUGGCCUAUCCAAAAGACAAGGGGAAAUGAAAAACAUUGCAGCACAAAUCCUUCUUUAUCCAUACUUGAAGUAUUUUAAAAUUUGGGUCCAUCUGUCAUUUAAAACAGCUUUGGUUUUUCCCUAAGCUAAAAAAAAAAGAAAAAAAAUUGCAAACAAAGAAUUUUUCCUUCAAAGGUUGGGCUUUCCUUUGGCUGUUUGUUUUUCAUAUAGCAGUGAAAUUUGAGCACGGAGCUGUUAGGGCGAGAGCUGAUAUUGCAAGCUAUAAGAUUACAAAAAUGGCAGCAAAGAUUGUGCAACCAUCUUGUAAAGCACAGCGCUCAAGCUGGUCAUGUAUCAUCUGAAUGUGAAACUCCCCUCAUGCCCGUCAGCACAAUCUGGGCACAAGGGAAGGAAAUCACUCCAAAUGCAAGCAUCAGAUUUUUGAAGCUAAUCCUGCUAUCAAACUGGGGCUCUCACUGCCCUAAUGGGAGCUUGUUAGACCAUGUGGUUAAGUUUAAUUGGAUGUGAGACAUAGCUGACUCUAUAUCAAAGUCGUAUGCCUCCAGCAACUUUAUCCCCAGGUAACCUCAAAUGAGAAAAGUAUCGCUGUUAUUAUUCUUUAUUUGUAUUGCAGCAGAAGCUACAGGUCCACUGCCUUUAUUAUAGGCACAACUCAAAUCCACAACAAAGACUUUCCCAGGCCAAAGACUUUCCCAGACCAAGGAGCUUUAAACCCAACUUUCAGCAAACAGACAACAGGUGGAUACAGGCAGGCAGGGAAAGCAAUAGGCAACCAUGAGAUUUUGACUGACAGCAGCAGAAUUAUUAAAAUGAGGGUUUGCUCAGGGGGUUGUUUUUCACCCCUCCUCUAAUUCUUAAUCAGGAUCACUCCCAUUAUUCAUAGCUUGCAUAUUUAACCAUCCUUUUCCUGGCUGGUUUCAUUAGAUACGCAGAAUUCCUUCUUGACAGAGUGGGCCUCGGUAUCCUUCAGUCCUUGAUUGAGAUGUGCUCGCUUCAGUUUCAGUCUCCAUUCAGGGCUCUGGGAGCUGGAGUCCUGACCGAGGAUCACCAGGCCCUGCCGUGGCUCCGGACUCUUUGUUUGGGUCAGGGCCCAGGCCACUGUUUUGCAGCUGGAGAAGGAGGAGACUCUGCAUGGCAUCUCUACCCUACUUAGCUUUUUCCUCUUCCGGAGGCAGAUGAUGUAAGUGAGAGAUGCGGGAGCCAUGCCCAGCCCCACAGAUGUGACCUGACCAGACAUUUAUAGAGAUGGUUUGGUGGCCCCAUCCCUCUGAGCUCUGUCCUGACACAACAGCAAUCUGUGACAUCCUAGGUACGGACAAAGGGACAGUUCCCUUCUGAGGAGGUCCUUUCUCACCCUAGAACUCAACACUUUAAAGCAAUCCCAAGUCUCAACUAACUCCUACCAAUCCCUACAAUUAAUUUUUAGCCUGAUUCACUUUGAGAUCUCGGAGAUAAUCUUCCCUCCCCAACAGGCCAUCACGCAAUGCUGACAGGCACUCAGCUCCUCAAUUUCUACUACCUAUUCUGCUGAGGAAGAAGGCCACUGGAGGCAGUUGCUUGCCUUUCUCAGCUUCUAUAAAAACGUGUUGUUUCUUUUGGUUUGUUAUAUUUUAAAUCUUUACUUUUUUUUGUUGGCAAAAUUCAUCAUCACUAUAAUCCACGCUGUUUAUUAAUACAUACAUAUAUAUAUAUAUAUAUACAUACUUUUUAUAUAUAUAGCACAAAGCAGGCUCAGGUCUAGCCAAAAAAUAUUGAUAUUUUAAAAAAGAGCUUCCUUAAUAUAUACAAACCAUUUCAGCACAUCUUAACCAAAGAUUGCACUUUUUGAAUAGGGACUAUGCUUUUCAUCUUUGUGAAAUCCGUAUUGAUCUCAAAUAGUCUUUAAUGUCAAUCUGCAACUUACUUUCUUUGAAGUAUAAAUUAAAAGAAUUAAACGUUCGCCCCAUAAGAUUAGACAAAGUUUUGCAUUGGCUUUAACACUAAAUUAGUGUUAGGCUGGUUAUAUUCAGGGUUUUUCUACUCUCUAAGGAUUAAGGCUGUGAUUUGUUGAAUUAUACUUGAACCGGACCAGAUGUAUUAUUUAUUGAGCUUAUAUAAUCUUGUUAAUUUAAGUUUUGGCUUGUAAACAGUUGGAGUUUGUUAGUACUUGUUUAAUUAUGUAGGAACUGUCAUCAAUAUUAACUGAUCUGUGUAACUGAUUGCAAAGUGCUUCAAUUUGUGUUUCCUAAAAAGAAAGAUUUUAAUAAAGAGAAUUAAAAAGCAUAAGUAGUGGUGGGCAAUUGUCCCAGCAACGAUGUGCUUCUAGCUUUCCAGAGAAUCUGUUAAAAAUCAAAAUGAAUGAAGGAUAGUUUGGGGACUAAGGUGAAAACGGGAGGCCAAAAUGUUUGCUGUUAAAUAUAAUGUCUAGAAGUCGUGAUUCUUCGCAGGUGGUUCCUGCCACACACCACGAGUGACUGCAGUCAUCAGCUGCUGAAGUUGAAGUGAACACAUCUUGGCGUUUCUCUCUGUAAUUAUUAUUAAUUCUUACUACCUGCUCUAAUACCUACGACCUGUUACUACCUGCUGGUCCUCUAGAUAUGCCCUCACUUCCCUUUUUCUCUUUAUUUUCUCAAAAUAAAUUUGGCAGGCUGGCUGUCCCCACUGGCUUUUCUGUGUUUCCAUCCAGACUGUCUUCUCAUCCUUCUGAAAGUACCAUAGAAAAUAACUGUCCCCAGCAAAGCCAAGCAUGCCUCAAGCAUUCCCUACCUGAUCUCAGCCUAAGUCCCCCCCGUUUGCCUGUUCCCCUCUCUCCCUUGCUCUCCCUUUGCUGAGACUCCCUCUUUCGGCACACUGCCAUUGAACAGCUGGGGAAAUGGGUCAUGGGCAAUAAGGCUGGCACUCUGGUUUUCUGACUCUCCAGUUCAUUAAAUCAGCACUUUAAUGUCUUUUAAGUGAGUGCUUUGCAGCCGAGGCACACGUGUAAUGUAUUUUAAGCACAAAUGGUUUCGGUUCUUCUGUCCUGGGUGUACUGAAACUGUCAUAUGUGUGAUUGUGAUACCAUCUCGUCGCAGCUAUGAAUGCCUCUCUCUAAAAAUCAGGAAAGUCAAUCUUGUAAGUGUUAAUUUGGCAUCACAUGUCCUUAACUAACAGAAAUCCAAACAGUGGGGUGCAGGCUGCCAAGGACAUCAGUGUUGGUGUGGCUGGAACUCUGCUGUGUUUGUGCAGGUGGCAGUGGGACAGCCCCAAAGAACAGGUUUGCCUUUGCUUGCCUUUCUACCUCUCCCUCUGCCAGCCUCUGCUUAUCUGUGUCAAUAGGCUGAGCGCUCGCCAUGUGUUUGGCUCAUCUGAUGCAAUGCUGCGCUGUGAAUCCGGGGGAACGCGAGUGUGCACCUGGAGGAAAGGUGCCCGUGGUGCGGAGAAGAUGGGGACUGCGCAAAGCCAGGGAUCUUCCCUACCCUCUGUGGGCCAUCUUCAGUGGGAUGGGGUAAUGCAGUGGUGGAUCAAAAAGAAUCCUUUUCCCUUGCACUAAAGAAAUACCCACAGGCUUCAAUCAAUCUUGAGCUUGGCAGCAGGCGUCAGAGCUGCAGGCGCAGCAGGACCAAUUUUCCAUGCACGAAGGCUUCUUGUUGGGGCUCAUCUGCACACAAUUGCAUCAGCCUACUGCAGGGUGAGAUUUCUGAUCAGAUACCCAUGGUGAUUAAAGCCGGGGAGCUCUCAUUUCAGUUUGUAUCAGGCUGACUCUGCUUAAGCAGCCCUCUGUCAGGAGCAGUGUUUAGCUACCAGAAGUAAGCUUCACUUAAACUGAAAUAGCAGCAUACGUCAAUUUUUAAUUAACUGGGUCAGAUCUAAAUGAGUGGGUAUGUCCAAAAGCUUUUUGUGAACUAGAAAGCCAGGCUGAAGGCUGUAUCCAGCCUUUUAGAUCAUUGCCAGGCAGAGCAUUGGCCAAUAUCCCUCCAGGUAAGACAGCACUGGCAGUGCAGCCCUGUUCGGAGGCAGCUCUUCCAGCCUGGUUUCUUCCCAGUGCCUUAGCGGUGAGGGCUCCUGUUUGUAAGCUGCCCUAGCAUUGUUUGAGGACAUGUAUAUGAGUUCCACCUUCCUCAAACACAGCCUUUGUGUCUUUAAGAGAGCACAGGAAGCCUGUUUUGUUUGUGGGUUUCUACUCCGGCUUGGUUUUGUUUGCAUUGCAGUUGGGUUAUCUUCGGCACAGAGCAGCAUGUUCUUGGCAGCAAACUUUCACCUUGUGCUCAGGGGGCGUAGCCAGGCAAUGCCGUGCACACCUGUGGUGGGAAAUGAGGAGAAAUUUGCCUGCUUGUACCACUGCUGUGAUGCUAAAACCAGUUUCACAGCAGUGCUAUUAGUGAGUGCUUAGCAGUGCCCAGCUCCCGAGACAUGGGCAUGCUGCAGGGCAUGGGGACGCACACAUGUGUGUGUGCAUGUGUGUGCAAGAGCAUGGCUUGCACUGCCUCGCCUGGGCUUUAGCAGUAAGCACUUGGCACAUGCUUUGCCAGUAUUACAAUAACAAGUCAAGUUCUUCUGGUGCAUGCCCGAGUUGUGUUUCUAACAUCUACCCUGCUGGCUGCUACUUCCCUCACACAGGGAUCUGCUGCAGUGGAGAGCGGUGUGUGCACUGAAGUGUAUGAGGGGACCAGUGCCUGUGUUCCCCAAGGUGCCCCCGCCAAAAAGUGUGGGAUCUUCAGAAACAAGGCAGAUCUUAACCUGGCAUGCCCACAAAAAGAUAAUGCACUGAGACAAACAGGGGGAUCAGCCCGGGUCUGUCCUGACUGUAAAGGCAAUCAGCACUGCUCUGCCUGGGCUGUUCUGGGGCCUGCUUCCAGCCGAUUGAAAUUGGGACAGGUUAACUCAAGCAUAAUAUGCUGGAUGUUAGCCUGUCAACUGAUCAGCAAGAGGCUGUAAAUAAUCUCUUCCCUUGUGUGACUUUUGCUGAGCUGUGUGUGGGCCCAAGAGCUCUGAAUAAGGCCAGUAGGAGCUGUGCUCAUGGGCAUUUCCCAGCAGCGGGCUGGUGGCUGUGGCUGUGUGUUCAAAGGCUGUGUAUCACCUGCUCUUCUGCUUUCAUCUUCCUGCAGAGGCACACACUGCUGCCUCUUCCCAAACCUCCUCCAUGGGCUCUGAGCCCCAAACUAGCAGUAAGUCCGGUUGAAUUGGGAGCCACUAGAGACUUAAGGUUAAGUAAGUACCCAUUGAAUGCAGCAUCAAAUGUAAGCAGUGCCUUACAGCAUGAGAAAGUACAGGGCCCAGUGAGAGGAGAAUGAAAAACACGAGGUGAAAGAAACCUGUCAGAAAUGCCAUUUGGGUGUUUCUCCUGAGAGCUGCUCCAUCUCUUCGCGCUCUGGGCAUGCUCACAAACUCACUUUCAUGAAUUACUUCUCGUCAGCCAAGCAAAGUGGGAAGCAAGUUGUGUUUGCUUAAACCAGCAUGCAGGUGGUCUGAACAAGCGAGUGCUGCCCCUGAAGGAGCACACGAGAUGUGUGUCCCGUGGGCUGGCAUGGGGCAGCUGAUACACAGGCACUUGCCCUGCUGUGGUAUCUUGGUCGCUUGCAACUGUGUGAAAAUGCCUGGAGAUGCAGCCAGGGCAAAGCACAGCAGCGGUCUUGAUGUGUUUGAAGCUCACAUCUGUUCCUGUUGGGUCCUGGAGGCUUUCUGCCGUGGCCACCCACUGAAACAAGAAGAAUCGUUUUCCUAAAAUACCAAGGACCGAGACAUAUCUAGUCACAUUCAGUGUCCUGUGAUCUUGUGGAGCUUCUCAUUCCUCUCUGCCUACAAGAGGUUUACCAAGGUGCAAAAUGAGUACCUGCAGCAAAAAGGCACUCCUUUCUAAGAGGAGCUAGGGUGCUAAUGCUCCAGGUCUUUUGUCUCUAAAUAUUAAUGCCUCAGUGUGCAUUGUCAUAGGUUGCUAAAAUAAUCUUUUUCCCACCACUUUCCUCUUGUCAGCAUUUCUGGAGCUCCACUGCGUUGUGGCUGCUGCUAUUAUGUAAGGAUUCAUGAAUGGCUACAGACUUCAAAGGCAGAUUGGCAACCCCAAAUCCUGAGAAGCCAGCAGUCAGCCCAAGCCCUGCCCCGUUUCCCAAGAAGUUAUUUGCCAGCUGUUUCUUUUCCCACCUUUUUUCAAAAAUUCUUAUUAGUCAGUGUAAUGCAGGAGCUCUUUAUUCAAUUCCCAAUUUUUUAAGUUACACUAGUUUCAUAUUUUCAAAUCUUUCAUCCUUGAGGGCUAGGAGCAUAACUCGUUUAUAAAUGAAAGCUACAGUUCCCUUGCUUCAAGGAGCUGGGAUUUUAUGAUACAAUCCCCAAAGCUUAAAAACUGCGAUAAAAUCACAGGAGCUGCCAGCAGCACACAGAGCCUCCUCUGUUUGGGAGAGGUGUUGGGCUGCAGUGAGCUGCAGGCAUCGGCUCCAGCUACUGCUGCGUUAGCGAGUCAAAUAAAAAUAACCCCGUGGCUAAGUGCAAGCUCUGCAGGCCUGGCUACAAAGACAACCUCAUCUCUUUUUAUCUGCAGCGCUGCACAAAGCAGCUCCCUUUGUAAAACUCCAGAUUAAUUUUCAUACUGAGGCCCCAGAAGGCCCCUGCCGCCCUGGCAGUGUGCACUGGGGAGCACGCUGGACAUGCAGGGCACAGAGAGACACAGGCUGGUGCUAGCUGGACACGUGGCUGUGGCUGCUUGCAGUCUGGGAGCAUUUCAGCCUGGGUAACCUUCCUUUCUCCCCUCUCCUUCCUCCUCAUCGCUGCUUUAAUUGUGGCUCCCUGCUGCCUUUCACUGUAGUCCCCCUCAGCUUGAAUCAGAUCCCUAUUGUCUGUGUUGUCAACACAGCUGUUAAAAUCCCUUCCCCCAAAUCCCAGUGCUUUCCAGAAAGCUUCUGUCUGCAAGGAGCUCUGAGCUUGUGGCUUUUUGUCGGUCCUGGGCUCAGGUCAGAUUCCCAGGUGGAGCUGGAUGUGGGAGAAUCCUGCACUCUCCCAAAGGCUGCUUGCUGCUGGCGGCUGCAUGCUGGUGGCUUCUGCAGCGCUCCAGCCUGAGACCGACGGGCAGCGCAGAGGGAAGCGAAUGAUGAGCAUUAUUAAAAAUGCUUUGCAAUUAUACAGCGUCUUUUCAUCUGAAGAUUUCAAAGCUUCAUCGUGCUCAUGCAAAGUUACUUAUUAUCCCUGGCAUUUAGCAGAGUCAGGAAAUGAAGGGGAGCAGCUAAGUGACUCGCCCUAGGUCAUGCAGUGUCAGAGACGGGAACCCGGCCCCGCGGUGCUGACCGUGCUGUGCCAGGCCUCAUCAUGGGGGCACACGGCCUGGGGGGCUCGGAAGGCUGGGGCAGCACCGCUGUGCCAAAAUCUGCUCCACGCCAUGGGGCCUGUUUUGCUUGAAGCUGUUGCCCAGAUUGCCGUUGCGUCAGCAGCAGCCACAGCUAGUAGCGCACACCGUGAAGGGCAAGAUGUGAUGUGGGCCCUGUCUCCAGCACACUCCCUUCAGCCCGCUGGACCUUCCUUUAUGGGUGUCUUCUCCAGAGCCCCCUGGAGCUGCAUGUCCUGGAACAAGCUGUGCAGGAACUGGAGGGGAGCAGGAGUGGUUCUGCUUACAUCAGCACCGCGCUGACUGCAGCUGUGCCGAGAGGGAGCACCAGGUGCCAAACUUGUGUGCCUUGCAGCAACCGAGUUGAGAAAGCCAAGCCCUUGUACAUGGUCUCUUCUCUAUCUUCCCAUUCCAUGCUGGGACUUUGGGACAGCGUGGUGGGAAAGGAGAGGCUGAUGGGGAGAGGAAAGGUGAUGAGACAGGGGAGCUUCAGCUGAGGCUCCAGGCCCUGCAGAGGUAAAAUAUCUCUUUGGUGAACUACCACAAAGGGCCACCUAUGCAGCUAUCUUUUAAGGUAAAAAUUGAUUUCUAAAAGGAGCAGCAAAUCUACGUCUGCUCUUCCAUUCUGUCUUGCUGAUAUUUACCCUGGAAAUACCAGAAAUAUCCACUUCUGUCAAGGCUUUUUUUGUUAAUUUUUUUUUUUUUUAAUGGAAGACUCAGGAUACUUCAGGUUUUUUAAUGAUACACAAAGCUCUGCUUAAAAUAUGAUAUCCCUGUGAUGAGGACAGGCAUGGCUGGUACAGCUUCAGUUU